CUCUCUCUCUCUCUCACUCACUCUCUCAAUCCAGUGUUGUUUUGGGGAAAGAUUGGAGGUUUCGCCUGGCGCGCGUUCUUGAGAUUAGGGCUCUUCGUUGGCGGGUAAUACCCACGCGAGGAUUGCGUACUGAUCUUUAACAUAUGAAAUUGGAUAUCUGAAUUUAGAUAUGUUAUCCAGAACAAUUUACAAGGAAAACACCGAAUACACCUUUGUGAUCUUGUAGUGCAACAUCCAUAAAAAAGGCUAUAAUUAUUAGUAUCUUCAGAGCAAAAGAGGGUUUAUCAUGAAAGCUUCUGGCUCUCAGCAUAAAGGUCUUGCAAAAAAAGGUCUUGGUUGCAACAAGUCCAAGAGCCUAAAGAUCACAAAGCAGAAACGGGAGAUCACAGGAAAAAAGUGUUCUGAGUUAGAUGGACAACUUCACACUUCUUCUAUCCAAUUACCUCAGCUGGAGAUUCAGGAUAUGCAAACUAGCUUCCCGGAAGCAGCACCAGGAGAUUUGAAAUUUGUACAAGGACAAUUUCAAGAUUUCAAUGGAAAAGUUAAGCUUCAGCUUUUUCCAAUAGAUGAAGCUACUAGGAAAGCAUUGGAGAAGAAUAAUCACAACCCUUACCUGGAACUAACUUUAACAACUAGAAAAAGAAUCUCUUCAGUGGUGAAGCACCUCAACUUCAAGUGGGGCAGUUCAAAAUUGGCAUCAGGAGAACUCAUGCUUUUUCCGUACAAUGUUUACCUGGAUAAUUUGGCCAACAGCAUAAGAUGGACUUUAGAAGACUCUGAUGUCACCGCGGCUGAUGUGCAUGCUUCACUUGGUAGCCCUGCCAUGUUUCGUUUAAGAUAUGGUUGGUUCUCCAAUCUUGAGCAAACAGCAUGCCCGACAUCUAUGACAUCACAUUCUUAUGAGGAGCCGAAUAAGAGUUUCGAAAAGCAUAUCACCAGUGGCGAUAAACUGCUUUGUAAGUCGAGCAAAGGACAUGGGCCAUGCCAUAUGGAUGAUUCAGCGAACCAAGCAGUUGAAACACACCUUUUGUUGGAGAAAACUAUCCAAAAUGGGGUUGACCAGAAGAACAAUAGCAGAAGUGUCAAUAUGUCAUGGGUUGAUUGCCUAUCUAACAUGAGCUUUGGUGCUAUAUUAUCUGAAGUGUCGGAAACUCCUGUCAACCUUUGCCAUCCAUUACCUGCUCCAAAUUCUAGUCUUCAGCAGAUCCCUAUGACCUGUGAUUCAUUUGAUGCUGCUAUUGCUUCCGUUAUGGCCCGUCAUCAACCCUCAAAUCCAUCAAACCGGUUGAUCCAUUCAUCCAUCUUGGAAGCAGAAGAAACAUGCCAUGCAUUUCCAUUUGCAAAGGUUGCUUCUUCUAGUCAUAAUCAUCCAGCUUCAACUAGAGAUCCUCCUGCCACAGAGAACUGUAGCGAUAUGCUAGGCCCUCAGGUGGAGCAGGCAUCACUAAACAAUAUUUGCCCUAUACCAGUAACAGUUGAUGCAUGUUCGGAACCCAAAUCUCAUUCAGAUUCACUUAAUGGCGGCAAUCAUUUUGCAGCGAUGAACCUAAGUCUGCCUGAUUCCCUAGGUCCCUUGGAGUACGUUGCCCCUUGCUCUAGAGAGAUGAAUGAUGGGGAAACUAUUGAUCUUAGCGGAUUGAUUACAAGCAGCAUGGAUGCAUUUCAAAACUUUUCAAUUUUCUGAUCUGGAGACCUGAUAGUUUUUCCCUUCUAUUGCAGACAGACAGAAUGUUGCCAGCAGAUGUUUUGGUCUUUGAUUCCGUAAUUGCCAUGGCCUGUAGAAAGAUAAGAAUGCAAGCUUUGUGACAGCACAUCUAAUAUGAGAUGACCUUCUGACAUAUGAUGUCCAGUACUAAAAUGCUAAACUCCAGGAUGGAGUUUUGUACAUCUACAGCACUCGAAAUCUCACUGAUUUCCAUGUCUAAUCAGUAUCCCUUAUUGUUCAUUUAACUGAACUAGCAUUUAUGUG